CCUUACUGUCAAACAUAAUUACCAUCAAAAACGCUGUUUUAUGCUCAACGCUUUAUUCAUUGUUAACCUUUUGGCAAAAAUUGUUGUUUCACAAAUUUAAAGUGCUGGAACACGCAAAUUAUUUACAUUAAUACACGUGAAUACAUACUAAAAAAAGGAACAGUAAGAUAUAAACCAGACUGGUAAAAGUUUCUAACAACCACGGACAUCAUGUCUGGAGCAAAAAUUAUCGAGCUGCGUAGUGAUAUCGACGAAUUAAAUGAACUACUUAAGCAAGCGAAACGCAAGAAAGUUCUGGAUAUUCUCUCUCUGGAAAUACGUAAACUUGAAACAGAAUUAAUUACUCUUAAGGAAAGUGAGAAAAAUGAAGCUUCUAUGGAUGUGUCCCCUACACCCACUACAUCAACACAGUCACAAAAGCGAUACCAAAUUAAAUUAAAUGGAUAUGGAUGGGAUCAAUCAGAUAAAUAUGUUAAAGUAUUUGUAACUCUCAAGAAUGUUCAAAAUGUACCAAAAGAACAGGUCUAUUGCAAGUUGACUGAGAGAUCAAUGGAGUUGCAUGUUGAAAAUUUGGAGAAUAAAGAUUAUUUGCUUGUUAUCAAUAAACUUCUUAACUCUAUCAAUGUUGAAGAAAGUCAUUGGAAACAAAAGACAGACAUGGUUGUCAUCUUCCUGGCCAAAACACAACAGAAUAUUAAGUGGUCUCACAUGACAGAACUUGAGAAGAAAUUCGAAGACCAACGUAAUAACAGAUUUAAGACUGAUGAUAUGGAAAAGAAGGAUCCACAAGAAUCUAUCAUGAGUCUUAUGAAGAAUAUGUAUGAAACUGGUGAUGAUGAAAUGAAACGAAUGAUUUCAAAAGCUUGGUAUGAAGGUCAACAAAAGAAGAAGUCAGACACAUUGGACAUGUGAUUUGUUUGUAUAUAUUUUUUAAGAAUAAUUUCAAAACAAAUUAGAAUAUUUUAUUCUUUGUAAGAUCAAUUUUAAUUGUGCUGCAUUGAUGUUGUAGGCUAAUAAUGGUAUUAAAAAACAUUAAAUUUUGAA